CGGAGAGCCGCUGAAGCCUCCGUUACCUAGCAACGGGAACCCCCCCUCCCCUCCCCGCGGGAUGGCUGUGAUUUCAGCCCGUGUGUGAAUCGUCGCCCGUCACUUCAUCUCGUCCUCGCCGAUCAUGGCGGUUCCGACCGUCCACCGGUGUCUCUGGCUUUGUGCUGAAAAUGAGCACUUGCAAAGAAAACUGAAGAAACUCCGUCAGAAGAAUGAACUGCUGGAGACCGAGCUUUCAGAAAUCCAGGAAAAAGUUCGUCUGCAACAGCUGAUGAGGGACUUUGUAACCACAAGAGAUGCUCAAAUACAGACUGAACCUCAGCCAUGGCACAGAGCUGGCCUUAAAGAGGACAAUGCUGCAAAGACAGAUGUAAAGAGGAAUGGGCUGUUGCAGAUGUACAAUGCCCUUCAGAAACGAUACGAAGAAGAAAUUAAAACCAACAAAGAGCAGAGUGAAGCCAUUUCAAAGCUCACUGUGGCGAUCCAUGAGUUAGAACUACAGUUAGUGACGUCUAAGCAAAAGAUUCGGCAGCUGGAGCAAACGUCUGUGGGGAGAAGGCAAAGGACGUCGAAGCCAGAGCGAGACUCUGCAUCUCGCAAACGUGUGUCUGGUGGUGCCAGUGCUUGCUCACCAGACUGCAUUAACAUCGAACUCCUCUUCAAGAUAGAAAGGCUGCAGAAGGAGAGGGACAGACUAACGAAGGAGAAAAACAGCUUGAAAAAUGAGUUGGCUGGACUGGAUAAGGGAUUCUUUGAAGAAAUUGAAGAUUUGAAGUAUGCUCUGCAGGAAUCUGCUAAACUGAAUAAAGAAUAUGAGAAGUGUCUACAAAAAAUGUGUGAAAACUGUGGGCUUCCAUUUCCACAGCCGUCAGUGGUUGCAAAAUUAAAAAAAAUGAAUUCAUAGUGAAUUAAUUUUUGAACAACGCAAGUCUUUUUCUAUAGCAAUAAGGUAAUUGACCUCCAAAGGCAAAAAGCUGCAAAUACUGGAAAGCUGAUAAAGCACAAAGCUGGAAAUAUUCAGUGAGAGGUAGGAGAAAACCAGUGCAAGAGAGGGGACAACAAUCCAAACAACGUCUGCAUAGAAGUUCCCAAGCUCAUCUUUGAAUUGUGCCAGUCACCUGAGAGAACUACUUUAAGAUCUCAGCAAAAGGAGAACAUCUCCAACAACAUCAUCAAGUUACGUGGCAUAUAUUUUUUGCAGUGUUUGAAGCCACAAUCUUUUGAUGCAGAGUGCUACCACCAAAAUAAGGAUAUCACUUCAUAUUGCUGUAGUUUCAGUAGGACCUUCUUCUGGUAUUUUGGCUGAAUGAAUUGAUAAUGGGAUGGUACCAUUCUGGUUAAGUUGCUGGACCAGUAUCUAGAGGUUUAUGCUAUUAAUCUGGUGAGCUUGACUUGCACUACAGCACCUGGAGACUUUAAAUUCAAAUAAUUAAAUUAGGAAUAAAAAGCUAGGCUCAGGAACUGUGAUGAUGAAACAACUGGAUUAUUGUAGAACCUAAUCUUUUCAGGAAGGAAAGCUGUUGACCUUGCCUGGUCUGGCUUAAGUGACUCCCCACCCACAUCAAUGUGGUUGACCCUCAGCUGGUCCCUGAAGUGGCUUCACAGGAUACUCAGAUAUUCACAACACCAAUUAUAAACAAUAAGUGCUGGUCAACCCAGUGACUCCUUCAACCCAUGAAAGUGCCAAUAAAAGACUUUGUCCUUCA